GAGGAGACCAUGCUGAAGGAACUACACAAAUGUGUGUAAUUUACUAACAGCAAAGCUUUUGGCAGACUAUAUUGUCUGGAAUGCACUCACUCAACAGGUUCUCCUUCUUUCUCACCAUCUGAGACAAGGUCGACUGAUAGAACGACGCGCUCCACAGUGAAUGGGACCAACGGAACGUGGUGUGAUACGGUUCAUGUAUUGAUUCUGCUUCAACACCUGCUUUGAUGACGCCAAAAGAUAACGCGGCUAAACCCACCCACUUGAGGUACAGGACAACUGAUACGAGGGGAAGUCUAUAUAGCCUAAACCCUGACACCUGUUGUUCAAGGGUAUCACAAGUUGGAUCCUUGCGUCGAGGUCUAACCAUAUGAAAGGGAUUAUAUUUGCGUCGGAGCAGAAGUCAAUAAACAUGUCUCAUGACUGGGGUUACAGAAGAUCUGACGGACCUAACAAGUGGUCUAAGCACUUCCCCAUUGCUAAUGGAUCCAGGCAGUCUCCUAUUAAUAUUAUUUGUGGCCAAGCAUCCUACGAUUCUACCCUGAAGCCCCUCAAACUGAAGUAUGACCCAUCCAACUGCACAGACAUUCUGAACAAUGGCUAUUCCUUCCAAGUUGGCUUUGUGGAUGAUACUGACAGUUCAACACUGACUGGAGGCCCCAUCACCGGCACAUACAGGCUGAAGCAGUUCCACUUCCACUGGGGAGGCAGUGAUUACAGGGGCUCUGAGCACACCGUCAAUGGAAUCAAGUUCCCAUGUGAGCUCCAUCUGGUGCACUGGAACACCAAGUACCGCAGCUUUGGGGAAGCUGCUAGCCAUCCCGAUGGUCUUGCUGUAGUUGGAGUGUUUCUGAAGAUUGGUGCUGAAAACGCCAGACUACAAAAAGUGCUGGAUGCUCUGGAGGCCAUCAAAUCAAAGGGGAAGCAAACUACAUUUUCCAACUUUGACGCCGAAACUCUGCUGCCUGACUCACUGGACUACUGGACAUACAAUGGCUCCCUGACCACUCCCCCUCUGCUGGAGAGUGUCACCUGGAUUGUCCUGAAGGAAUCAAUCAGUGUCAGCCCUACCCAGAUGGGUCAAUUCCGCAGCUUGAAGUUCAGUGGGGACGGAGAGGCACAUUGCUGCAUGCAGGACAACUACAGACCCACUCAGCCUCUCAAGGGACGCACGGUCCGCCGGUCCUUCAAGUAAACAGCCACGUGUCACGCCAUCCUCCAUUCAUUUUCCCCAGUAUAUAUAUAUAUAUAUAUAUAUAUAUAUAUCAUGUGCCAUUUUAGCACAUGCAUUUGUGUCAGAAUCUGCUAAUUGUUAACCCCAUUGACAAAACGAUCAGUAAAUACUACAAAACAGAAAUGUAAACCAAUGCAAUUUAAUAACAAGAGCCAGUGCAGAUGAGAUUCAUGCGCUGGUAUGGAUGGACAGCAGCUCCUGUACUUUAUACCCAUGGCCUGCCAGCCCCUCCUGUAAUCCCUGACGAUCAGCCUCAGGAUCACCCCAGAUUAAUGUCAUUUUGCUGCCUGCCUGCCCCUGCAAUAACAGAUGAGUGAGUCAGUCAGUCAGAGAUAGAGGCCUUUAAUGGUAUAAUGCUACAGGGCUUUUUUCUUCUCUACUCUCAAUAAGCACAAACAGUUGCUAUGCAAGAGAUGGAAUCUUGAAUGAAUCCUUAAACACUUUCCAUUUUUGUAUUGUAUCCUCACAUCGUCAUCUAUGUAUUGUUUGAUUUUGUCGCUUUAGAUUACAGGUCCAUGCCAAAAAUAAGAGAUGCAAUUGAAGUUUUAUAUUUAUAUAUAUUUAUAUUUUUUUGUACUCAUAACUUACCUCUUACCUACCGUCACCCCAGUGCAUUAUCGUUGUCUUAAAAUCAUGAGUGAAAGAAAAUGUUGUGUGAGGUGUCAUUAUGUCAUCCAAGUCCCAUCCACUUUAAUGAAAUCCUGUGUUGUUAAUAUCGGUGACCGUUUAUAAACUUAAUGUUUAUGGAACGACACAUCUGUUGGAAAGCUUUGCACAUUUUUUGGGGUAUAUUGAAUUACCACACUACAGAAAUGUCAGUUGCCCUUUGGCUGUGUGGGAUCAGCCUUACCCAGCUAGGGAAACAGAGACCCCACUGUUGAUAAUCAGACGUCUUCCUUUAUAAGGAUGGACAGUGGGCCUAUUUCGCAGUCAUGUGCCCUUAACAAGGAACUAUUGACCUAUGAGUUCUCCACCUUUGUGGUUCAAGACAAGUUAAUCAAUCACGUUGUGUGGUACAAACAACAGUCACUCCAACUUAAAUAUGUCUUUGUGAUUAACCUCCUUGUACAAUAUCAAAAUGCGCCUCAGAAUAAAUUACUUUUGGUGUAAAUGCAUGGAAUUUGGUGUCAACAUAGUUAGUAAAAGUGUCUAGACAGGCCACAUUGAAAUGUUAAGAUUAUCGUACUUCCAGUGUCAAUCAAAGUUGGGAUUUUGAGAAAAUGUUAAAAAAAAAUCAUUAAAAUGACUUAGUAUGUUGAAAAGCA